UUACGCUGACUCAUUUCCGGGAAAACGCACCAAUCAACGAGCAGUCCGCGCUCCAAAGUGUGACGCAAUACCGGAAGCGAAACUAAAUAAUCAACAAAAAAAAACAACAACAUAGUGGCAGUAAGAUGGUGUACGUGUCAAACGGUCAAGUCCUGGACAGUAGGACACGGUCGCCAUGGAGACUGUCUUUCCUUAGCGAUCUCUUUUGGGGUGUAGUGGAGUUCAUCUGCCUGUUCUUUCAGACCCUCGUCAAGCCAGAUCUGUCAAAAGAUGGGAAUCAAAGUUCGUUGUCACGCUACAGUGAUGGAAGAGGUCCUCCAGGUUUUCCUGGGCGGAGGCGUUUGGGCAGGAUAAAUCAUGGUGGAGGCCCAAGUCCUCCUCCAAUGGGUGGUGGAUGAGGAAGGUAAAUGCCUGCACUUCGUUGCAGGCAUAGAAGGGUGUGUUGUGUCGAUUCAUGACUGAGAACUGGUCAUUUAAACUCUCCAGCACAGAGAGCUGAACCAGUCAUGGUCUCUUAGAAGAACACACAAACACGCUGCACCCUUCAUCAUCAUGCUGCUUCUGCAUCGCAGAUUUUUGAUGCUUCUCUGGGAAUUCCUACUCUUAGGGGCCAGAGUGGUUGAACUCAGCAGCAAUGCUUUUUCUUUUUUUCUUUUUUGUUGUUUUCUUCUUUUUUCCCCCUUUUUUCCUUUUUUAAUAUGGUUACAUGCUUAAGGACAUGGUCAAAAGUUUAUGAUUUUCAGCAAUAUCAUUUUUAAGUAAUAAAGUAAUUUGGAACAUUG